AUGCUGGUGUUCAGCACUCUUUUGUUUCAGUCCAGGACACCAAUCUAUGGAAAGGCACCAUCAGCAUUUAAGGUGGAUAGGACACCAGUCUAUGGAAAGGCACCAUCAGCAUUUAAGGUGAAUAGGACACCAGUCUAUGGAAAGGCACCAUCAGCAUUUAAGGUGGAUAGGACACCAGUCUAUGGAAAGGCACCAUCAGCAUUUAAGGUGGAGAGGACAACAGUCUAUGGAAAGGCACCAUCAGCAUUUAAGGUGGAUAGGACAGCAGUCUAUGGAAAGGCACCAUCAGCAUUUAAGGUGGAUAGGACAACAGUCUAUGGAAAGGCACCAUCAGCAUUUAAGGUGGAUAGGACAGCAGUCUAUGGAAAGGCACCAUCAGCAUUUAAGGUGGAGAGGACAACAGUCUAUGGAAAGGCACCAUCAGCAUUUAAGGUGGAUAGGACAACAGUCUAUGGAAAGGUACCAUCAGCAUUUAAGGUGGAUAGGACAGCAGUCUAUGGAAAGGCACCAUCAGCAUUUAAGGUGGAGAGGACACCAAUCUAUGGAAAGGCACCAUCAGCAUUUAAGGUGGAUAGGACACCAAUCUAUGGAAAGGCACCAUCAGCAUUUAAGGUGGAUAGGACACCAAUCUAUGGAAAGGCACCAUCAGCAUUUAAGGUGGAUAGGACAACAGUCUAUGGAAAGGCACCAUCAGCAUUUAAGGUGGAUAGGACACCAGUCUAUGGAAAGGCACCAUCAGCAUUUAAGGUGGAUAGGACACCAAUCUAUGGAAAGGCACCAUCAGCAUUUAAGGUGGAUAGGACACCAAUCUAUGGAAAGGCACCAUCAGCAUUUAAGGUGGAUAGGACACCAGUCUAUGGAAAGGCACCAUCAGCAUUUAAGGUGGAUAGGACACCAGUCUAUGGAAAGGCACCAUCAGCAUUUAAGGUGGAUAGGACACCAGUCUAUGGAAAGGCACCAUCAGCAUUUAAGGUGGAUAGGACACCAAUCUAUGGAAAGGCACCAUCAGCAUUUAAGGUGGAUAGGACAACAGUCUAUGGAAAGGCACCAUCAGCAUUUAAGGUGGAUAGGACAACAGUCUAUGGAAAGGCACCAUCAGCAUUUAAGGUGGAUAGGACACCAAUCUAUGAAAAGGUACCAUUUGCAUUUAAGGUGGAUAGGACACCGAGCUAUGGAAAGGUACCAUCAGCAUUUAAGGUGGAUCUUCCCUUAUUUCAGCCUCUCUGGAAAUACCCCUCAGACAGGUGUACCCCACUCAUGGUGAAAAUGAAGCUCUAG